AUGUCCAUUCCCACCGAUAGCCCAGCACAGUUGAAACCAAGUGAUAUCAACAUAGGAAACGAAGAAGCUGCUGAUGGCGAUACUGCCGGACGUCGUAAGCCCAGGACAAAUGCGGCAACCGGUGCUUCUGCGGCUGGAAUGCGUGCCGCUCUGGCCAAAGCAAUCGGACCACAAGUCACGACUGGUGGAUGGUCAUGGAAGACAACUACCCCAGGACUCCUUGCAAAUGCUGUUCAAACACAGGGCUGGGCUUUUAUACCAUGUCAGGUUCUUCCUCCAUUAGUAGCGAAUGUCGGAGUCGGAGCCAUAUUGUAUACUUCCUAUCUACAAAUCCUUGGGUCCCUGCAUGAGCCUACAUUGAUGGGCGGUAAACGGGUCUAUCCACCUCCAUCACCGUCAGUCACCUUUUUUGCUGGUUUUGCUGCCGGUGCUAUCCAAUCUGUCGUUGCAGCACCCCUGGACGCCAUACAGGCCCGUUCAAGGACUAGCGAUAUGAUAAACGGUCAGUACCGUAGCGCCUGGCAUUACGGCAAGGAUAAACUCCAAGCACUCGGCGUCAGAGGUGUGUUUUCCGGCUGGACACUGUCCUUUCUGAAAGAUAGCCUUGGAUCCGCGCUGUUCUUUAGUUUGUUCGAAACCGUCAAGGCCCAAGGGUACUAUCACUUUAUCACUCGAUACUAUAGCUCUCUCCAGGCGCACUCCAUCCAGAAACUAUCCUCUCCUACUCAACCUGGUGAGGUUCCUGUGAUUAAACCGCAUUAUGCGUUAGAGCCCGCAUUUCUCAUGCUGGCAGGGAUCACGGCUACCAUCUUCCAGCAAGCAAUUCUCCACCCACUCAGCCUGGUGCAGAAUAUAUAUUAUCGGAACCUAGACCAUCUUGAUAAACGGAUCCGACAUGCUCGUUCGGGUAGAGAGAUGAUGGAACACCGUGCAAACGCAUACAUGGAGACAUUCAAGAAAUGCCAGCGCCAGGCACGACGGAUAGGUGGCUGGCGGAGGUGGUUGUAUGGAGGCUUCUUUAUCAACACUCUCCGCCAGCUUCCGAGUACCAGUGCUGGCCUUAUCAUCUUUGAGCUAGUUCGGCGCAAGUACGGUGUGCCCACCGAUGCUGUACAUAUACAACUCGACGGAUACGAUAUUAUCCUUACCUGA